CUUUGGAAUCUUGCGUUGUGCGUUUCGUUGCGGCUGCUUUGUUUCCGCUGCCGUUUGAUAAAACCAAAAAAAGUUCGAUCAUAUUUUGACGUUGUUUCUUCACUUACUUCUGCGGUGUUAGGUCUAACGCGUUCUCGGUGUGUAAUACCACAACAUAAACAACAACCAACAAAAACAACAACCAACAACAACAGUGACUAAUUAAAUGCCAAAGUGCAAUUGUGAGUGUAAAUUGAAUUUGUGUGACUUUUGAUUGAAUCAAAAUUACGUACAACAAUUCAAAUUGAAAGAGUCUGAAACAAAAUUAAAUAGAUAAACAAGUUGCAAUUGUCGGUAAUUAAGCCGAUUUGAUUGCUUUAAUUACGUGGUAAAUUUUGCAUUAAAUUUUGCAUAACUUUGCUAAAGAUAUAUUUUUUAUUUUAUUACCAUUCACAAACUUGUCUUUCUCUCUGGAGAUAAUUAAAAAUCUCCCCACCGAAUAGACAUCAUUAAUAGCCAUAAGGCUGCGCAUACUUGUGUAUCUGUGUAUGUGCAUGUGUGUGUGUGUUGCCGUUUAACUGGCAGGAUUUUCAUUAUCAGACGCUAAAAGGAUUACGAACCCGUUCAUCUUCAUCAUCAGCAGCCUCAACGCCAAAUAUUUGCGCACAUCCGCAAACGUUUUAACGACUUUGCGACGACUUCUGGAUUGUGUCGGGGAUUUACGGAAAUCUCAAUAAAUUUUUUCCAGAGGAAAUUGUAAAUUAUGAUGUCACAUCAGUUGCAGCAAACACGUCGCCGUUUGGGCUCCGUGAGCGACUCGGCACCGCCGUCGGAGUCCAGUGAGGGCACCGCCUCCUCAGAGCAGCGGGAUGAGCUCAUACUGCAUCCGGACUGGUCGGCACACUCACAAUCAUCGGCACAACGGAGCAGCGCCCAUGGCACAACAUCUUUAUAUAAUGCAUCUGACAUUGAUGCAGACACAAUUAGCACGGACACAACCAGCAAUACCAAUCUGUCGGACUAUGAACGUGGUCAGGUGGAGAGUUUCUUUGCUGGACUGGGCACCGAGAUAUUUGUGAGCGGCGCAUUGGCUAAUCUGUAUGAGGGAACUGGCAAUGAUGGCGACUGGCGUCUGGUAUUCACAGGCAUUCCAGUAAUACUCCAUGACAAGGGCAAUGCCAGGGCAAGAUCCAUGCCACGAGUCACACUCGUGUUGGCGGAACGUGGCUCGUGUUUUGCAUUGUGGUCGGAUCGUGUGGAUAAUCUAUCGAAUUACAGAACUGCAGGCCCAUCAUUUCACACCAUGUGUCUGUCGAGCAAUCAUCAGCAAAUGAUUGGCUUCAGCUUUGAUUCAACGGAUGCGGCCCGUGAGCUUUGGCAGCAUGUCGAGCGUCUUGUUAGCGAUCCGGAGAACAUUGCUCUCUCCGUGCCUGGACGUAAGCAGAAGAAGCAGAAGCGUGUGAAGCCGGCUCCGUUGCCGCCCAAGUCACAGAUAUCGCAUCCCUGUCAGUUCCAUCAUGUGACCAGUGUUGUUAAGGAGGACAAUGAACGGUAUUACAGCAUGCAGGCAUUUGGACCGACUAAUUCCCAGCAACAGCAACGUUGAUCAGCGUCGGGCGCGUGGAUCUGGAACAGGAGCGCCCUCUGGUGGCAGAAUUAGCCAAGCACCCGAAUCAAGUUAACUCUCCAGUACACGCUCCCCGCUUUUUCCUUGAUUCCUCUCAUCAUAAGGCAUAGUUAUAAAUAUAAUCGAUUUGUUAUAGCCAGUUUAGAUCUAAGUUAUGCCAAUGUGUGGAUGCUGCACAGUUGUGUGGAUCGCACAUUUAUCUGUGAUACCAUCUAGGCGUCUAUAUUCCUAGACAUUAGCAUAUUUGGAGUAAAGCAAAACAAAUACAAAAUUACAACUACAAUUUAAAAACAAAGAAAAAAAUAAUAAGAAAAUCAAUAAAAAUAGUUCUAGUAUAACAUUUAAUAAAUAUAAAUAUUUCGAGCGAUUGUCAAUAACGGAGCGAAUUUUAUAACGUUUUCUAAUAUCGUCAACAUAAAAAAUAUACCAAUAAAUAUCCAUAGAUAUAUGGUUCAGACUAUCUAUAAAUGUAUGUAAAAUGUUCAUUCAUAGAAAUUCAUAGAAAUUUUUUAUGCAUUAGUCCAUAUUGUAACUUUGCUUGUUUUCUUAUCAAAUUUUAUCUAACUGUUUUUAGCUCUAUGUACCAUAUGCAUAACAUAUAAUAAUACACAUUAUAUAUACAUAUUACCUAUAUCUAUAUAUACUGAUCGUGUGUAGCUUUAAGCAUUACAAGUACAUUCUUAAGCUAAACCUAUGUGUGUAUGUAUUUCUUAAUCAUCAAAAAUUUGCAAACACAAAUGUCAAAAUCAAAUAAAGCUGAAACAAAAAAAAUAUACAGUAAAAAAAA